UUUAAAAGGAGCACAGGCACAGCAGCAUGUAUGAAGCUGUGACUGGGAUUUCUUUUCUUUUGGGUCCAGUCUGCUGACAGCAAUCGGUUUACAGCCUGUUUGGUUUCAGUUUUCAUAACCAAAGAAAUGGCUUCUGGAUUCUGUGUGAGCAUGCUAAUGCUCUCUCUGAUAACCGUUGGGAUGCAUGCAGCAGGAAAUGUCCACCGAUAUGGAAGUAAAACUGUUAGACCUCAUUCGGCGCAAGCUGGGACUCUACCCCGCUCUUACAGACCAGCACCCUCCAGUUAUGAAGGCUCCCUAAGGCCAAGAGCUUCUGUGGCUAGCUCAAAAAUCCCUGGACGUUUGUCAGCUGAAAGUUCCAAACCGUGGGGUUCAGUGGCUGGCCAUGGUCAAAGUGGUUACGGCAGGCAAGUAAAUAGUUACAGUCAACCAAGAAGUGUCUCUAGUUACAGGUCUACCUCAGUUCUGACUCCCCAGCAGCAGCCGCAAGCUAGAGUCUACCAGAGGCCAAGUGUGAGGGAACCUUCAUCCCAAGGGGAGAAGCGAUAUGGCUCCAGUGUUGUAUCGAGUGGCGCAAUUGAGAUACGUGCUCCAGAAAAGCCAUCUCAGGUGCCGUCCAGUUCACCAGGCACUGGCGUUCGCAAGACCAAAGCUAAAACCUUGGACAGUGUUAAUGCUCAACUUGCAAAGUCUCCAGGAUCAGCUGCCCAGCCACCCAAGAACCACCCUGCGUUCUCUGCACCUGCGGUGCUACAAACCAACAAAGCCAUGUGGGACAGCAUUAAUGCUCCGAGCGCAAAGUCUCCAGGAUCAGCUGCCCAGCCACCCAAGAACCACCCUGCGUUCUCUGCACCUGCGGUGCUGCAAACCAACAAAGCCAUGUGGGGCAGCAUUAAUGCUCCGAGUGCAAAGUCUCCAGCUUCCACUGUGCAGCGUCACAAGCGGCCUUCGUCAGUGCCUGGUGUGCUGCAAGCCAAUCCUGGCCAGUUGCCAAUUUAUACCUCUAGUGCGACGUCUCCACACUCUACUUCCCAGCGGCACCAAAAGCCCUCUCCUUUUUCAGCACCUGUUGUGCAGCAAACCAACCAAAGGUGGGGUGGCAUGUUCUCUAACCCCAGGAGUUCAAGACCAGUAGCAUCCGGAUACUACAGAGGGCUGCAGUCCGGCCAUCCAGCGGCCCGGCAGCAGGAAAGGAUGUUGACUCGCCAGCCAAUGCAUUUGGGCUCUCCAGCCACCAGUGUGCGCCAAAACAAAGAUGUCAGCUCAUUUCCACAAAUGAAACCUGGCCUAAGAAGCUCUAGACCAGUAAACAUGGCGUCUCUCUACCAACAUGGCGGUCGGCUACCACAACUCUCCUACAACAGAGAUUGAUGGCCUCUGGCAUCUUGAUUGGUCCUAGCCCUCCUGAAUGGCUUCGUGUGGACUCUCACCGAACUUUAAUAAAUUGCUUAAAUC